AUGCAGGGGAUGAAGUGGUUUAGCAUCAUGUCCCUCAGCACCAAAAGGAGUAAGAGGAGGAGUAGAAGGAGCAGCAGUUAUGGCAGCGGAGGCAAAAGUGUGCUGCUCUCCCUGGCUCUUCUAGUGGCGGUGACAGUCAUGGCAGACCCAGUGGCAGCCCAGAAGCAACGUACUGGUGGUGGCUCAGAGAAAGUGCCAGUACUUAACAUUGCUGUUAUCCUCGGGCGCACGCGCUACAUUUCAGACCGGGACAUACGUGCUCUGUGGAGCAAAGAGGACCCUAUCGAUGUGAAUGUGGUCACACUACUUGUCAACGAGACUGACCCCAAAAGCAUCAUCACCCACAUGUGCGACUUGAUGUCAGGGACAAAGAUCCAUGGCGUGGUAUUCGGGGAUGGCACUGACCAAGAGGCCAUUGCCCAGAUUUUGGAUUUUAUUUCAUCACAGACACUCAUACCCAUUUUGGGCAUCCAUGGAGGGUCUUCCAUGAUCAUGGCUGACAAGGAUGUGAAGUCAACAUUCUUCCAGUUUGGGGCUUCCAUCCAGCAGGAGGCUCUGUUAAUGCUGAACAUUAUGGAAGAGUAUGACUGGCAUGUGUUCUCAAUUGUCACGUCAAAGUUUCCUGGAUACCAGGAGUUCAUAAACAUCCUAAAGACUACAGUGGACAACAGUUUUGUGGGAUGGGACCUGCAGAAUAUCAUCACUUUGGAUGCCGUGGAGGAAGACAGUCGGUCUCAGAUCAUGCUCAAGAAGGUGCAGUCUCCAGUGGUUCUGCUCUACUGCUCUAAAGAUGAAGCAGUAUACAUUUUGGAGGAGGCACGCUCUCUGGGCCUGACUGGAUUUGGUUACAUCUGGAUUGUGCCAUCACUCACCACUGGGAACCCCGAAAUAACACCAGAGACAUUUCCAUCAGGGAUGAUUUCAGUGUCAUAUGAUGACUGGGACUAUCCACUGGAGGCCCGAGUUCGUGAUGGACUUGGGAUCAUAACAUCUGCAGCAGCAGCCAUGUUGGUGGAGUACGGUGAUAUUCCUGAAGCCAAGACAUCCUGUUAUGGCCCGAUGGAGAAGACAACAAAACUGCCACCUAGUGCUCUCCACAAGUACAUGAUGAAUGUGACAUGGGAUGGCAGAGACUUGUCGUUCACAGAGGAUGGCUACCAGGAAAACCCAAAGCUUGUUGUUAUCGUUCUCAAUAAAGAAAGAGAAUGGGAAAAGAUGGGGAAACUUGACAAUGGCAGCCUGACAAUAAAGUACCCAGUGUGGCCAAGGUUCAACUCUUUUGGCGAUGCCGAGCUGGACGACAACCACCUGUCGAUUGUCACCUUGGAAGAAAAACCGUUUGUUAUUGUGGAGGAUGUGGAAAGGCUCACCGGUACCUGCAUGAGGAAUUCUGUGCCCUGCAGAAAGCAUAUCAAAGACAACACAACUGAGGCUGGUGGGACAUAUAUCAAAAAGUGUUGCAAAGGUUUCUGCAUUGACAUUCUGAAGAAGAUUGCCAAGUAUGUCAAAUUCACGUACGACUUGUACCUGGUUACCAAUGGCAAGCAUGGCAAGAAGAUCAACAAUGUCUGGAAUGGGAUGGUGGGAGAGGUGGUCUAUAAGAAAGCCGUCAUGGCCGUCGGAUCUCUGACGAUCAAUGAGGAGCGUUCUGAGGUCAUCGAUUUCUCCGUCCCGUUCGUAGAAACUGGGAUCAGCGUUAUGGUCUCACGUAGCAAUGGAACGGUCUCACCAUCAGCUUUUCUCGAGCCAUUCAGUGCAUCAGUGUGGGUUAUGAUGUUUGUGAUGCUCCUACUGGUGACUGCAAUGGCUGUCUUCAUGUUUGAGUACAUCAGUCCUCUUGGCUUUAACAGAAACCUGGCACAAGGAAAAGAUCCCCAUGGUCCAUCUUUUACAAUGGGCAAGGCCGUUUGGCUGCUGUGGGGUCUGGUCUUUAACAACUCUGUGCCAGUGCAGAAUCCCAAAGGAACCACCAGCAAGUUUAUUGUGUCGGUAUGGGCCUUCUUUGCUGUCAUCUUCCUGGCCUCCUACACUGCUAACCUGGCUGCCUUCAUGAUUCAGGAAGAAUUUGUUGACCAAGUUACUGGGCUGUCAGACAACAAGUUUCAGAAUCCAUAUGCAUACUCCCCUCCGUUCCGCUUUGGGACUGUCCCAAAUGGAUCCACUGAGAGGAACAUCAGAAAGAACUACCCUGCCAUGCACCAGUACAUGGUGAAGUACCAUCAAACUGGUGUUGUGGAUGCACUUGUCAGCCUUAAAUCAGGCAAGCUGGAUGCCUUCAUCUAUGAUGCUGCAGUGUUGAACUACAUGGCUGGAAGGGAUGAAGGGUGUAAGCUGGUCACCAUCGGCAGCGGGUACAUAUUUGCUACAACUGGUUAUGGCAUUGCUCUGCAGAAAGGUUCCUUCUGGAAGCGGCAGGUGGAUCUGGCCAUCUUGGCUAUCAUCGGAGAUGGUGAAAUGGAAGAACUAGAAGCCCAGUGGCUGACAGGAAUUUGUCACAAUGAGAAGAACGAGGUCAUGUCAAGCCAGCUUGAUGUAGACAACAUGGCGGGGGUCUUCUACAUGCUGGCCACCGCAAUGGGGCUCUCACUCAUCACAUUUGUCUCGGAGCAUCUCUUCUACUGGAGGUUGAGAUACUGCUUCACCGGAGUCUGCUCUGGCACACCAGGGCUUCUGUUCUCCAUCAGCAGGGGAAUCUGGAGCUGCAUCCAUGGAGUACACAUCGAUAUGAAGAAAAAGACAGACCUUGACUUCAGCCCCCAGGACAAAAUGCUUAAACUCAUUAAGUCUGCAAAACAGAUGACCAACAUGUCUAACCUCAGUGGCUCCCACAUGAACUCGCCUAAACGAGAAUUCAUGCACUCAGCUGGUCCUAUGAUCAUGGACAUGAUGGCAGAGAAAGGCAACUUCAUUUAUGCUGACAACAGAAGCUAUGCUCCCAAAGAUAUGAUCUAUGGGGACACUGGUGACCUUCAGUCUUAUCUUGCAAAUCGCCACAAAGACCACCUCAAUAAUUACAUCUUUCAGGGUGGGCAGCAUCCCCUGACUCUGAAUGAUGCAAAUCCAAAUACUGUAGAGGUAGCUGUGAGUGCUGACACCGUCCAAACAAAUGCCAAACCUCAGCGAACAUUGUGGAAAAAGUCAACUGACACAUUGCGUUCCAUGCCACCGGGACCAUCUCCAAUGCCUGACAUGCUAAUGCCAGAUCCACGAAUAUCUAUGAAGACACAGCGCUACCUCCCAGAAGACACUGCCCAUUCUGACAUCUCAGACUGUUCAAGCAGGGGAGCAACCUACAAGGACCCAGAAAACAACAAGCAUCUGAAACCCAAGGACAACUUAAAAAAAAGAUCCGUGACGUCAAAAUACCCUAGGGAUUGCAGUGAGGUGGAGCUGUCCUACUUAAAGACUAAGCAGGUCAGCAGUGGAACCAACCAAAGUGGGAGAGGAGGGGGAGAGAAAAUCUACACAAUUGAUUCAGACAGAGAGGUGAGCCUCCAUUCAGACUCUGUUCGCUACCGUGAAAGCCAUGGUCUUGCAGCAGAUGAUUUGGAUUACCCUGAAAUAUAUUCUGACCACAGUGAUAACUUCAGAAAGUGUGAGCAGCCAAUCAUUCAUCUGAACUCCUCACCUAUGCAUCACACGGACUCAGACCUUCUCCCAGACUCAGCUUACUCUAAAUCUUACAGCCUAAAAGAGAAAAAUCUUUCCCUUUCCCCUCACGAAUCUAUUGAUCGCUACAAACAGACACACUGCCGUUCUUGCUUGUCCAAAGUACCUGCUAGCUACCCACAAGGAGGGUCAUAUGUCUCGGCAGCAUCUGCUACAGCAUCUGGAACAAGAUCUCCAUACAAUCGUUGUGAUGCAUGCCUUCACACAGCUAACUUGUAUGACAUUAGUGAGGACCAGCUACUUGGUGAUCCCUUGCUUAGCCCCACCCUUCAUCACCAGGAGCAGCAGCAGCCAGAUGAAAUGUUUGGCCUGUAUUGGCCCCAGACAGAUGGGCCACAUGUCCAAAAAAGAAACCGCUUGAGGCUAAGUCGUCAGCACUCAUUUGAUAACAUCAUGCUUGAAAAACCCAAGGAUGCAGACCCGGGCCGACCAGCACGCAGCGUCAGCCUGAAAGAAAAAGAUCGAUUCUUGGACUCUGCAUCUGACUCCCAGUAUGCCAAUCUAUUCGGGAUGCGCCCUUACUCUGGCAGACUCUUUAGCAGUGGGUCUAAACCAAUGCUGUUUAACAAUAACCUUGAGGAAAGUAAGAGGAGCAAAUCCCUCUACCCAACCCAUGGCUCUGAAAACCCUUUCCUCAGUCACUCACUGAGGGAUGACACCAGCAGCAGACUGGUCCAUGGGCGUAGUUCCUCUGACAUUUACAAACAGCUGGCAGUAGGUUCUCCUGCAUUGGCACUAGGAUCAGCUCCUAUCAAAACACGCAAUGAUGCGAACAAUCUUCGUUCUUCCAUUAAAUCCACUUCUUCAUACUGCUCAAGGGAUGGACGGAUAACUAAUGACAUGUAUAAUAAAGAGCAUGUGAUGCCUUACUCAGACAAUAAGACUAGUGCAUACCCAGCCUCAAGGGGUGUCCUAAACUCAGCCCAGUUCAGCAAUAGGCGGGUGUAUAAGAAAAUUCCCAGUCUGGAAUCAGAUGUUUAGUGGAUAGAAGAAAUGUUUUCUCUCCCUCUAAGUCCUCUUUGGAUUUGUAUUAUAAUUUAUCAACUAUGUUAUCCACUAAGGGAUGUCAUAGCAACUUGACCAUUUUUCUUCUCUUUUACAUUCUAAUCAAAAAAGGAACUUCUGGCCCACUUGGGACUACUUGUAUUGUUAUUAAUCUAUUUCUACCAUAUUUGUCCAUUCUCUCAUGUACCAAUCAGUUUUUGUCCAGCACUAUUCUUUAAAGUUAAAAACAGGAGGAAGUAAACAAAAAUAAUGCUAUUUAUAGAACUGACAUAUUAAGGAUUCUUUACAGAAGAAAAGCUGCUUUAGUAUUAUACGAAAAGUUUGUUGAUAUGUGCUAAAAAUUUACAGCCAUUGGUUUUGGCAGUAAUCUUUGAAGAUUGAUUAGGAAAAAGUGAUAAAGGAGCUAAUGCAUUUAAUGUUAUCCUUUUCACAUUUUUUCACUUCCACCUUCACUGAUGAAACUCACUAUGUAAGCAUUUUGGAAGAACAGGGGUGUCAAAGUGAGAUAAUCUAACAGUGUGCUGCUUGUUAGGCUUACAAAAUGUACCGCAAUGACACCUGACAAUGAAGGUGAGGACAAAAAGGGUGAGAAAAUAAGUAGAAAAACUGGAACAACUCGCAAUUUCCGGUAGUUAGUGAUUGCAGGUUUAGUUAGACUGGUUUUCUAUUUUAAAAAUCAUGUCAACAACAGUACGGUGAUGAAAAGAUGAGAACAAUGGAGGUGCUAUCAGUGAAUACUGUUUACAAAGAAAAUGACUUUCGUAAAGAACAGACAACAAGGGACAGUUGAGGGGAUUUCAUUUCUGGCACUGCACAUAUAAAAUAAUUAAAAAGUCUUACUUUUUUAUUCUAUUCAGCUAUGAUAUUUAAAAAUCUAUGUAGAAUUUUAGUGUUUGCUUAUUUGGUAGCACAAUAGCAAUUAGUUUGAAAAGAAACUCUCCCACAUUUGUAUUUUAAAAAAGGCAUAGCUUCCUAGUAAAAAAAAUCAUCAGGAGUAUUAGGUUAUUUUGCAUGUGUUUAUUUUUUUGUCCUUGAAGAGAAGAAAAAAUGCUCACAAAUAGACAUAUUUAUCAUGUUUCUGAAAAAGGAAAGGCUAGAGAUGGAUGGAUUGCUAUUUUACAAAAUAAACUUAGAUCUCUGACCUUAACACAUAGUUAACCUGUAACAAUAAUGUUGGAAGGGAAUAAAGAUAAUAUAAUGGAGGGAAAAGAUAAAAACUGUGCCCACCAUCACCUCAUCCAGGCUGAGCAUAUGUCAAAUUUUGUUUUUGACAUCUCUGCCACUGAAAAACAGGGUAUUUAGCUUGAAAAAAGAAAAACAUAACUGAUAUCUUCCUUUCCCCUUCAUAUAUAUCUUACUUUU